AUGGAAACAGAGUUUCUGCUGGUUGUAGCCCUUUGCUUAUCACUUUCCAAUUAUGCUUUUGAAGCUUCUGGUGAUGCUUCAUCAUGUAAGAAUUGCUCCAAAUGUGAAUACCCUUGUCAACAACCCUCUGAUCCAACACUUCUUUAUGAGGCUCCACCACCACUACCACCAUCUCCUCCACCUUCUGGCUACUCUAUAUAUGCAGCACCUCCACCACCACAAGAGAAAGGCUAUAAUGCUAUGUGCCCUCCAGCUCCUUACACUUUUGCUCUUCCAAAUCCUUACACUUAUGUGCCUUACAGUGAAGGCAGAGGAUCUGCUUCAACACUUUGGCCAGUUCUAGUUCAACUCAUAAUUCUUUUUUGA